GCUUACCUUGAUUUUUUACCCCGAAUCGCAUCUUGAAUUGCCAACAUUCAGGGUACCGAUCGUGGCUGUUACUCGUGGAGGUGUUACUUAGGAUGUAAUCACAAGAAAGUGGCUGUGGCCAGAGAGAGCAUGGCUCGAUACCUCUGGAGGUGUGUGUAUGAGCACGAGAAAGUCCAUAGUCCGAUGGGAACCAGCACUCCUCGCACAGUCUGUCCUUGCAGAAGUCAUGUGCUUCUGCCCAGCUUGCCCUGGUUUGUAAAAGCUGACGCGAGUCCGUGCAGAUGACAGCGUGGUCCUGCAUUUGAUAAUUAGAUCGUAAAGUGUAACUCGUGAAUACAGCGACGUGUCCAUUUGGCUCAUUACUUGACUUCCUUUAAGGUGCAGUCAUUAAGUUACUUUUAUCCUUUAGUUAGGCAGAGAAGAUUCAUACCAGUUAUUACUUGCCAACCUCUUUGGUGUUGAAUGAAAAGCAAAAGCCUAGAAGAAAACAACCAGCUCUAACAGCCUGAACAUUGGGGUCAAACUUGAUUUGCUUUAUGCCCUUGAAAGAAGUUAGACACAGCUUAAACAGAAUGCAUAGGCAGCUAUCAAAAAACAAUAACAACAACAACAGACGUUUUUUGCUGUUGUGUGUUUAUUUCACACGACCCCCGAUUUGCUUUGAUGUCCGUUUCCUAGCGUGCGGCCCCAGAAUUUGUCCAGACCCAGUUAGAGAUCACACCCUUCGGAGAAGACCCACGAUUUGAAGGUUAUGGGUAACCGAAUGACAGCGGGAGUUCCUAGCGGAUGUGAUUCUUGAUCGAGUCGGGGCACAUUCUGCCCUGUCACGUGUUGUAAAAACAUGGUGCAGAACGAAUCUGAGGGGCCAGGGGAAACCAGCCUUGUGCUGUCAACCUGUGCUGCUGUCCGCGAGCCUCCUCUCUUGAAGGAGGAAUUCCUGUGGGUAGUGACGGUCGUCAUGUUGUAUGAGUCACAAGACAGGCACUCGGACCCUUUAGGUCCCAGCACUGAGUGUCUGGGUUCAGCCAGUCUGAGUUGUAGAUUUGGCUCAGGGAUUCCCGGUGGCCAGAGCAAAACGGAGGGACACGCCAAGAUUCUCCUCAUCCACGAGGUGGGGACUGACUGGCCAGUUGUGAAAAGAAGACUUCUUGUGAAAGUUCAGGCAGGAAAGAUAAGGAGAUGGGGAUGUGAGCGACUUUCCUGUCCAGCCUGAGACGUGGCCUUCACGGCACUUCCCCCCCCCCCCCCCCCCCCCCCCCCCGCUUUUGUAGCUUCUGAAUAGAGAUAGGACGUGUGGCUCAGGUGGCAAAGGUCUGCAUCCCGGAUGCUCGGAUCAUCAGCACUUUGCUCCGGGAGGAUGCACUGAGCAGUGUUCUGGGGACACGCGAGAGCAAAGAAUCCCCUUGGUUUGGGGGUGGGUUUGCCCGCACCGUCCUCUCAAGCCCUGCUCCUCGGCCGGUGCUCCGUGGGCUGUGUCUUAGGGGUCCGUACUCAUACAGAAACGUUCUGCCGACAGAGUGUUUUCUUCCUUGCUGAGGGACGGCUAUCAGCAGAGGUCCACGGUCUGUGUUCCAUCCCCGGUCGUCCGUCUCAGAACUUGGUACCUUAUCAAACAACGUUUCUGGAGCCGUGUCCCAUUGCUUCGCCUGCCUCCCUGUCUGCCGUGGGGUUUCUCAGAUACCGCGACUUCCUUGUCUUCCUGGGGUGCCAGAGGGAAGCUCAGAGCGAGAGCGGAGACUGGGCCACACGAGCGAAGCUUCCGCACGUCUGCCCAAAGGAAGACCCCCGGUGCACCAUGAGGUGAGCGCGCUCGGGUGCCCAGAGCCCCGGAGAGCUGCGUGCGGGCUGCGGGAGCGGCUCCGCGCGUCUGGCCUCGCACGUCCCCGGCAUGAGGCCGGGCAGCAUGGGUGCGCCGCCGCGGGACCGCUGACCCCCGCCCGCCGGGACCAUGAAGGAGGUGGCGCACUGGUCCCCCAGGAAGGUGGCAGACUGGCUGCUGGAGCACGCCAUGCCCGAGUACUGUGAGCCCCUGGAACACUUCACGGGCCGGGACCUGAUCGGCCUGACCCGGGAGGACUUCACGCGGCCGCCCCUGUGCCGCGUGUCGGCCGACAGCGGGCAGCGGCUCCUGGACAUGAUCGAGACCCUGAAGGUGGAGCAGCACAUGGAGGCGCACAAGAAUGGCCACGCCAACGGGCACCUGGGCGCAGGCGCGGCCGGCCCCGGCCUCCAGGCCACGCCCAACGGGGUGCCUAACGGCUACCGGAAGGAGAUGAUCAAGAUCCCCAUGCCUGAGCCCGAGCGCUCCCAGUACCCCAUGGAGUGGGGCAAGACCUGCCUGGCCUUCCUGUACGCGCUCUCCUGCUUCGUCCUCACCACGGUGAUGAUCUCGGUCGUCCACGAGCGAGUGCCUCCCAAGGAGGUGCAGCCCCCGCUACCGGACACGUUUUUUGACCAUUUUAACCGCGUGCAGUGGGCCUUUUCUAUCUGUGAGAUUAACGGCAUGAUCCUCGUAGGACUCUGGUUAAUUCAGUGGCUGCUCUUAAAAUACAAGUCUAUCAUCAGCAGAAGAUUUUUCUGCAUAGUCGGCACGCUGUACCUCUACCGCUGUAUCACAAUGUAUGUAACCACACUCCCGGUGCCCGGUAUGCAUUUCAACUGCUCUCCGAAGCUGUUCGGAGACUGGGAAGCACAAGUGCGGAGGAUAAUGAAGCUCAUUGCCGGUGGCGGCCUGUCCAUCACCGGCUCUCACAACAUGUGCGGGGACUACCUGUACAGCGGCCACACGGUCAUGCUCACGCUCACUUACUUAUUUAUCAAAGAGUAUUCCCCUCGACGACUGUGGUGGUACCACUGGAUUUGCUGGCUCCUCAGCGUGGUUGGGAUCUUCUGUAUUCUCUUAGCGCAUGACCACUACACUGUGGACGUGGUGGUGGCGUAUUACAUCACCACGAGACUCUUCUGGUGGUACCACACUAUGGCCAAUCAGCAAGUGCUCAAAGAAGCUUCCCAGAUGAACCUCCUGGCUAGGGUGUGGUGGUAUAGGCCAUUUCAGUACUUUGAAAAGAAUGUCCAAGGAAUCGUACCUCGAUCUUACCACUGGCCCUUCCCCUGGCCGGUGGUCCACCUCGGGAGGCAGGUGAAAUACAGCCGCUUGGUGAACGACACAUAACGGCCGCACCAAGUGGGGGACGAGGACCCUUUCCAAGUGCUGAGAACUACAGUGAGAGCAGACGCCAUAAACAGACGAUCCCAUUAUCUUUCAGCAGUUUCCUUGACUUAACCUAUUGAGUUACCUGGUCAGCACUGUGAUCUUUUUUUCUCUCCAAAGGACCUGCGUGGGACAACAAUAAAGAAAACGUAACCUAUCAUGCACUGCACACAUUUCCUGUUCGUGAGUCCGGGGUUCCGCAUAAGCUGCAUCACCACGUUCCUUUGUAUACGAUGCAACAGCAUAAAUGUAAGCUUUUCUAUCAUCCGUUCUGGUCUUUCCAGUCACAUCUGGAAAAUAAAGCGUAUUAUUUUCUUGGGAAAACAUACUUUUCAUAUCUCUUGCCCCAAAGAUUGGGCUGUAAGCCAUUUUCUAGCAAAUGUCUCUAUGAAGGUUUCUAAGUACCUGAAUGGGGUUCGAUUCUGAAAUCUUUCUACCUGUUGCACCGCUAUUCAAAUAAAAAAUGACAGACACAGAAAGGUGUGGUAACUUUGGGUUUUGUAAAAAGCAGAGAGAGUGUGUCAAAAAGUGCAAAAAAAAAAAAAAAGAUUCUGUUAUAAAGUGAUUUUCUAAGUAUUUCCUAACUUUAUUUUUCAAAAUGAUGUUAUGAAAACCAAAUUUCAAGAUUUUUACAUGUCAGAGAGAAGAGAGUUAAAAUUAAAAAAAAAAAAUGCUUCUUGGGAGAGAAAUUUGUCUAUGUUUCUAGUGCCUUUCUUGUCUUGAUUGUAUGGUCAGUAGGCAAUCUUAAAUGUUUUUAUUUAAAAUAAAAUAUUCCAUGAAAAUAUAAAUGUAAGUAUACACUACUAAAUUUUGCAUUUAUAGCUAAAUUAAACCUGAAGACUGCUUAUGGUUUUUAAAUUGCUAUGAAUUAACGAAUGGGGGAGUUAAUUAGAAAAUCAGAGCCCUGUUCCCAUAUUGUGAGCAGGUGGCAAUGACAUGUACCACUUAAAUUAUUUUAUCAUCUGUUUGGUGGUUCGAUUUUAACUAUACAGUGAAAACAGCCAUGCAUACUUUGUUUUUAAAAAGAGAGUUUUGAAAAUGAUCACUUAACUAAAACUUGAAAGCUAUAAAUUAGUUAUCCAUACUCUGAUGACAAUUUUGUUGGUGAACAACAAAACAGAGAUCUAUUUCUUUAAAAUAUAUUUGUGCAGAAACUGCAUGUAUCUCUAAGUUUUACUCCUAACAGAAGUAUGUUUGGGGAAGUAUUCUAUUCCAUACUUGCCAAUGUGGAGAACAAAAUAGUUUUUUAAGAAUGAAGAAGUAUAUAUAUCCAUUCUGUAUUUUACGUGCAGCAGAAUUAUCUUCCGUAGGGUUUUUUUUUUUCCUGUGUAUUCACAAGGUGAUAUUUGUAUUGUAAAACAAUAAUGGUGAAGGAAAUAAAAAGGCUUUUAAAAUUUUGUUUGUUUUAAA